AUGCGUCUGAGGAUGUCAGAUGUGAUUUGGAGGCAGUUCAAGGAGAUCAAUAGGGCAUACACCACCCUGAAUGACCUCAACAAGCGGCGCAUCUACGACGAGUAUGGUUCGUUCGGCUUGUACAUCGCCGAGCAGUUCGGCGAAGAGAACGUCACGACAUACUUCAUCCUUUCUUCGGGGUGGUGCAAGGAGGACUCAAGUUUAAGCGGUGGGGAAGCCGAUGGGUCUCCCAGACAUGCGAGGAAGUUUGAGUCCAACACACCUCCACGUGGAAGUCCCAGACAGGGCAGUCCUGUCAUCACUCAGCAGCCAAAGAGAGAAAGUCCGGCCCAUCAUCCUAGCGUUGCCAUUCCCAUGCCUCCUCCUUCCACCUCGCCGGCGGAUGCAGUGGCAGAUGAGCGGACCAGCCUCAACCCUGGGGUUGUUCCUGGAUACAAUGCAGCUCAAAGAGGAGGUGAGGGUGAGGGUGAGGAUAGGAUGACAAGGAACCCAUUUGUGGCUGGUGGGAACAUUUCCGGGGAGAGGACGUCUGCUUCCAAGUUCAACCCUUUCUUCGCUGAAGCUCAUGCUUCACCAUCUCCUGCUUCCUCUGUCUCUCCUAAGUCAACUAAUCCUUUCCAAUAACACUUGCCACCGUUACUAGCCCACGUGUGCCGAUUCAGUAACCACCUCUCCCUUUCUACUUCUACUUUCCUUGAACCUUCGCAAAAGAAUGCACGGGCCUCAUCACAGUGUGUCCCCAGAAGCCAAGCAGCCUCCCCAUAGUCCCCCUGUGAUAAGCAUCCAGCCAGGUGGCUUUCACGUCUGAAAUUCACCCUGCAGAGUUUCGGCCAGCUGUCAUAAGGGAUGAGAGAGAUUUAUUCAUGUUCACCAUAUUCAAGAACAGAGACCUUUAUAUGAAAAUUCAAUGAGUCUUUUGAGUGAAGUAUCAGUCAUCACAUGCUGUGCACAUGUAUUUGUGGAUGUUCUUCCAUUACCCAGGCAUCGAUCCAGGGUGUUCGACCAGCGUUGAAUCCCAUUCUGUUUCCGGGCAUUCCAGCGAGCAGUUACGUUGAUGUGUCUCAAAUUACAUGAACAGAGUGAUGUUUUGUGUCACAGAUUAUGUGUCCGAAGAGACAUUCUUCAUCAUCAUGCCAUCAGGCAAAUCCCCAUUCCUGUGGACAUGUUUAAGCCUUUUGCCUGUGAUCCUCAAUUGGCUAGAAAUCUGUAGUUCAUGUAAUUUUUUUUUUCUAUUUUUGCUUCUCAGUCAAGAUGUGCCCCUGAUUUUAAUCUGUUGAUCAGUGUUAAGCAUCAGUGUAGUGAAUUUUGUUCAGCUGAUUAUUUAUUAUUUCCAAUGAACCUCCAUUAAAAUAAUUGUUCAAUGAACUACACCUGACCAAGAGAAUGAGUAGUGAAGUUCGCAGAUUUGACAAAGUGAAGCUUAGCCCUCACAAGUUGCAAAAUGCUCUGCACAGUCUGGAUACAUGUGAUCUUGACAGGAAAAUUCUAGGUAUCAGGAACUGUACUGUUGUCCACAAUGAAUGAAAAAAUACAGCAACUAUGGAACAUACGCUGAACACAAUACACCUUUUUUUCUUUUGCUGAAAUCUUUGAGUAGGGCUAGUUUCAAGUAGCUCCCCGUAGCACAUGUUGAGGGUUUAUGUCACAGUCAGCUCACAUUAGAUUUAGGCAAUUAGAAUGUUCCUGGCAGAAAUUCCCUGAAGCAUAUAUUUUAAUCCUAUGUUCAUCCAGAUGCUGUCAUCUUCAAGCUUCCAUUUAUAUGGAUGAGUUCUCUAGUCAUCUGUGCCAUACUCAUGGAGUACAAUAGUAACAUUCCCUGUUCCUUUUGCUUCACCUUAUGAAUUGCUGACAGGAAAGGGAUACUCAUCUCCAUCAUUGUCGUCCUUCUCCCCCCCACCUUUCCUGGAAUUGAGUAAUUGGGAUUUUUCUCAUUAUUGGUAUCACUCUUCUCAAUCAAUCUUGUCUAUCCUUGUCACUAUAGCCUUAAAAAAUUUCUUACCUCCCUUCUGUCAUGAGUAAGCAUUCUUGUUGUGGUUGGAUACUAAAAGUUUUUUUUUUUCAUUCAUAAAGGGGGACAAAAAUUGGAGGGAGAUCCUAGAUCUUACCAGUGGAAAGAACUGGAACAUUGAUUCCCUUUUUUACAUGGGGGAAAAAAAGGAAUGAAGGCAUUGUUGUAGCACAUUAGGAGUGUAGUUCUCUUGGCC